CACAGAGUCCCAGAAUGCACCGCGGCGCUCGGCCAGCAGAAGGUGACAGCGGAGGGUGAAGAUGGCGGCGGCCUACCUGAGCCACCAGCAGAAGGUUCUGCGUCUCUACAAGAAGUCCCUGAGACACCUGGAGUCCUGGUGCGUCCACAGAGACAAAUAUCGGUACCACGCCGUGCUGAUGCGAGCUCGUUUCGAGGAGAACCGCGAGGAGAAGGACCUGGUGAAGGCCACCAUGCUGCUGAGGGCCGGAGAGGAGGAGUUCUGGGAGCGCCAGCACCCCGACCCCUACGUCUUCAUCGACUCUCCAGGAGGGACGUCCUACGAGAGAUACGACUGCUACAAGGUCCCAGAGUGGGCGCUGGACUACUGGCACCCGUCAGAGAAAGCCAUGUACCCCGACUACUUCUCCAAGAGAGAGCAGUGGAAGAAACUGAGAGACCAGAGCUGGGAGAGAGAGGUGGCCCAGCUGGAGGCUGAGACGGCCCCCGACGGGCCCCGGACCGAGGCCCUUCCUCCGGCCCGGAGGGAGGGAGACCUCCCCCCUAUGUGGUGGCAGUUUGUCACCCGGCCCAGAGCGCGGCCCUCAUAAACACUCUGCUGAGUCACCAGGUUCACCUUGGUCUGUUCUGCUGGUUUCCUCUCGUCCUUCAGCCAGUUUAAACAGCUUUCUGACUUCUGGAAGUCCUGUAGAUGUUUCAAUAAAACCUGUAACUGUUCCAAUAAAUAAAUAAAUAUAUGAUGAUGA